AUGCAGCCCAAAUCCAUCGCGUUGCUCCAACGGAUUGACACCAACAUCGAGCAGAUCCUCCAGAAGUUCCAGGACAUCUUCGAGGUGUCCAUCAACCAGGACAAACCGAAGGAGUUGCUUGCAGUGGAGUCGCUCACCAUCGAGUCGGAUGCAUUGGUGAUUAUCAGGCUCUGCGAGGACCUUUUGUCUGUUUCACGUUCCCUCAAAGAGACUUGGUGUCUCGGCACCUUGAAGGUGGAUCCGUCCAAGAAGAAGGACCACGACGAGGGAACCGAGCAGGUGUUCCGCCAGUUCAACGAGUUGACCAACAGAAUCGCCCAGUUCGAAAAGAAGCCGUUUGCUCAAAUCUAG